AUGUCUGAGGAUGGUGUGGCUGUUAAACUAAGGGAUGAUAUGGAGAUUUUGAAUUCUAAUAAGCUUAGGAAUUCAUUGGUUAUCAAGGUUUUUGGAAAAGAGAUUCCCUCAUAUCUGGUUGCUUGGGCUGUUAGGAAACAGUGGAAGUUGUUUGGGAAUUUCCAUUUUACUACUCUUGGGAGAGGUUGGUUUUUGUGUUCAUUUGGUUUGGCCGAGAUGAUGGAAGGAGUUCUGAUGGGAGGACCGUGGUUUGAGAAUGGCCACAUUAUAGGGAUGGAGAAAUGGACAGCUGGUUUUUCAACCUUAUCUAUGAAAGGGUUGACUUCAUCAAUUUGGAUCAGAUUACCACAUCUACCCUUGCAAUGUUGGGCUGAGAUUAACAUGGCAAGGAUUGUUGCAAUGGUAGGAAGACCUCUUAUGCAGGAUGGAAAUAUGUUCCAAUGGGGGAGAUUUUUUCGAAGAGUUGAAUAUGAGAGAAUUUCAACUUUUAGUUAUAAAUGCGGAUUGGUGGGACACUUAAAAGCUGACUGUAAGAAGAAGGGUUCAGUAGCUUUGGAUGGCAAUGUUUGCGGUGGGAAUGCUAAGGCUGGGAAAGAGGUGGAAAUGCAUCCUGAAGAAGAUAAUUGUUCUACCUAUGGUCCCUGGAUAAUGGUUAAUAGAAAAAGCUUUAGAAGAUAG